AUGACGGUGACGGACGACACAGUGAAAGCCGUGCUGGAAGACCGACUUAGCCGACUCUCCGACCUCAAGCCCACCCAAAGCGAAUCUGCGUAUUCACACCUGGUGUCCCCAUCCAAGCCCAUUGACACGGAGCUCGAGAAUGGCGCAUUGCGUGAAGGGAAACCGCUGAACCUGCUGUCGAAGGAGUGCAUCGGACUGUUGGCCCAGUACGCUGGCGUCGGCUUCUUGGCGGGCAUCAUUCCUGGUGUCAUCUACCCCGUGCUUCAAGGCUACCUCAACGCAGAGGGUACCAUCGUCGUAUCGGCGACCGUGCUGGUCCAGAUCCCGUGGUGCUACAAGAUGUUCUUCGGUGUCAUCAGUGACUGCUUCCCGAUCAUGGGCUACCGCCGUCGUCCGUACAUGGUCAUCGGCUGGGUCUUCUGUGUCGUGAUUCUCUUCAUCAUGGCGGCCAUGUCUGUCCCCGAUCCGUACUACGGCGAUGCGUCCAUGCACAACAUCGACGAAGAAGAAUGGACUCCGGAGCAGAUUGCCAGCAUCAACGAAAGCGCAUCGAGCUCCGCUGGAAAGUAUGUGGUGCCCAUGAUGCUUGCGUCCUUCGGUUAUCUCCUAUGUGAGGUGGCAGCUGACGCUAUGGUGGUUGAGUACGCACAACGCGAGCCCAUCGAGCAGCGCGGCCGUGUCCAGACUGCUGUGUACGCCGUCAAGACCUCGUUCACCGCCCUCGGCGCCGCUGUCAUCGCCUUCUUCAUGAACGGGGAGGAAUACGCUGGCACCUUCGACUUCUCGCUCACCUUCCAGCAGCUCAUGCUGAUCUCGGGUAUCAUCUGCGCGCCGCUGGUGUUCGUGUCGUGGUUCUUACUCCACGAAGACCGCGUGACGGACAAACCCACGUUCGGGCAGUACAUGUCGACGUUCUGGGGGAUGCUCCAGAAGCGCGCGAUUUACCAGAUCGUGGCGUACAAGUUCUUCUCCGGUGUCUUCAACAGCUUCAACAUCGUGUCGUCGAGCAACAUUAAGCUCUACUGGGUCCACGCAACGCCGUUCAACAACAGCGUAAUGACGAUCGUUGGCACAAUUUUCUACGCUACGACACUUGCUCUCACGGGCAAGUACGGUCUCGACUGGAACUGGCGCACGAUCAUCAUCAUCACGAUGUGCGGUGCGCUCUCUAUCGAUGCGUUCAUGACAAUGCUCACGGUCUGGGACGUCGUCCGCAACCAGUGGUUUUGGCUGGGCGUGCCGGUCAUUGAGUAUCUUCCGGACGGUAUCCGGUUCAUGAUCGCCACGUAUGUUGUAGUAGAGCUCGCGGAGGCCGGUCACGAAGGUGCAUUGUACGGACUGUUGACCGCUACAACGAACUUGACCACCCCAUUCGGUCGCUCGAUGGCGAAGCUCGUGAACGCCCAGUUCCACGUGUGGCUGAAGGACAUCCAGGCCGACACGUACGUCGUUCGCCGUGACGUGACCAUCACGAUCUGGAUCUGCUACGGUAUGAAGCUUCUCUCACUGGCGUUCCUGCCGCUGCUGCCCCGUCAGAAGGCUGAGACGCAAGAGCUGAAGCGCACGGGCGGGUCUAGCCGAAUCAUGGGUAUUAUCACGGUGGGGUACUUGGCCUUUGCCAUUGUGUGGGCGACACUGGUGAACUUGUUGUCCAUGUACGAGAGCACAAUGUGCUGGAAGAUCACCGGCGGCUGCGCGCCCAAGUCGUGA